AUGCCGCCUCGAAUCAAUAUUCCGCCGGUCACCCGUGUGCUGCUGGCCGUGCUCGUGCUGCAGUCCUUCUUGAGCGCCGCGAUCCGCUAUCGCCAAUGGAGCGCAACCUCAGAGAUCGUGAUACCCUACCUCACGCUCAUCCCUCAGCUCUCCCUUAUUUACCCGUGGACUUUUUUGACCUCGACUCUGGUCGAAAACAACAUAUUCACCGUCGGUAUCGCCGGCGUGACCAUCUACCAUGGAGGUAGAUAUCUCGAGAGAGCUUGGUCGUCGGCGGAGCUGGCCAAGUUUGUCGCCAUUACAGCGCUGAUCCCGAAUACUCUGACCUUUGCGCUCAUGAUCGUCUUCUUCACCCUGACGAGAAACGAGCGCUGGACGUUGACCGUCAUUGGCGGCACGAUCCCGAUGCAAAUCUCCUUCCUCGUGGCUUUCAGCCAGCUUGUGCCGGCGCACACCGUCACCCUCUUCCGCGGCAUCCUCUCCAUGCGAGUCCCGAGAUUUCCGCUAGUAUACCUCGGCAUCGUCUUUGCGCUCUCCCUGACGCCGCUCCUGACGACCGCCUCCUUCUCCCUUGCCCUGACGGGCUUCCUGACCAGCUGGACCUACCUUCGAUUCUACAAGAAGGUCUUCCCAGACCUCGACGCCUCCCAGCCGACAUCGAUGCGUGGAGACGCCAGCGAGACCUUCGCCUUCAGCGAGUUCUUCCCGGCCCCCGUCAAGCCUUUUGUCGCCGCUCUCUCCACCCAGAUCUUUGAGGUCCUCGUAGCGAUGCGGAUAUGCAGCCCGUUCUCCCCCGACAACGUCCCGGCCGGACGCGGCAACAACUACAUACAGCGCAGUGUCCCGGGCGGAGCUAGGGCCGAAGCGGAGCGGAGACGCGCGCUGGCUCUCAAGACCCUCGAUCAGCGACUCCACGCGGCCACGGCCAACGCGGCGACGCGGUCGUCCCCGCAGCCCCCGGCGCAGCAACCCACGGGCCCGACGGUACAGACGCAACCCGCGCCCAACACGCAGACGGCCAUGACCACCCAGCCGACGGAGAUGUUGGGAGAGACCAACUACACCCCCGAGCAGGACUCGACCGACAAGAACGGCUCAUGA